UAUANACGAUGAAAAUAAGGAGAAGAGCGAGAUUAGCAAUAAAUCAACUUCCACGCCCAUAACCAGCAAGAAAGAUGUCCAGCGGAAAAGCUGUGAAGAAGAUAAAACGACCAAAAACAUUGAUAUUGAAGGCUUACAACCAAGUGCGAUUGAGGCAUCAGUUAAAACAAGGAAAAAGGGUCAAGUGCAAAAGAAAGUUGAGCCCUCCAGUCAAAUUUCAGUCUUAGAAAAUGACAACGACCCUAAAGCUAAGGCUAAUCUUCCUAAUUCAAAGAGUGUUGAACCUAAAGCAAUGAGUAAUGUGUCCAAGAACACGAGCGAUGACUCUAAACCUAAGGCCAUUGUUUCCGGUUCUGAAGCCGUGGAACCAAAAGAAAAGGUCAAUACUUCCAAAGUUACAGCUUUAAGGACCAAAACGAAGAUCCCUGCUCCCAAUUGCGUAGAAAAAAAUCCUCUAAGUACCGAGUUUCCAAGAUUCAAAUCAAGAAAGCUGAAGGCCAAAGUUGAUCCAUCUCCGGUUGCUGAACAACCCAUAGCCUUUGAAACAAUCGAUAUUCCUGAAUCGCCUCUGGAGUCCCAGAAUGUUCCCCAAAAGUCAAGUACCACUGAUUCAAAGACAAAAGUAAAGGCAGAACUACUACCCUCUGCCGAUUCCUUGACUAAGCUGUCCAGAACAGACAAACGGCAAUCUCAUCAAAAUUCUACAGGUAUGGAAAAGCCAUCCGUGGAGAGUAAAACCAAGACCAUUCAAUCAAAUGCUAAAAUCUCAGAAGAGGAACACCCUAAACUUAUAAAACUGACAAAAUGUAAAGAUCGAAAAACUAAUCCUGUUCUUGUUCUCUCUGAAAACCAGGGUCAAUAAUUGGGCACUAUAGAAGUGCUGAAGUUUAAUGAUGAAACAAGAAAUAUGAAUAGUCUUGCAAAGAUGGAAACCCCUAAAAAGGUGUCAGUAAAGCAGUCCAAACGAAAGAAUGUAGAGCUUGUUAAACAUGAAACAGACCAUGAGCCAAUAAAAACCGUUAAAUAAGAGUUGCAACUGACAGUUUCUACUUCCAAAGAGCUUCCAGUGACGCAGAAGUCGAAGACACUGAAGACGAAGACAAAAAGUCCUAAGCCCCAGGAUGAGCCCGAAAGACCCUCUUUAUCCAAUAAUGAUAUCAGUGAUCCCAAAUUGCCAGAGGAUAUUGGUCAAAAAGGUGACCAAUUAGAUUCGAAAAAAGACAUGAUGUCCAAAAUUGACGAUUACAAGUCUAGAUCUAAAGCCAAGAAAAUGAAAUUCAUCCAGGAAUUAUUGGAUUCAUUGAAUGACGAAGUGUCAGACGAAAGCCUAGGAGACGUUGUACUUGAGGCUGAAGGAUCGGACACAGAGGACAAAGCCAAAGAAUCCGUUGAAGGACAAACCGAAAAUAUCAGCGGGGAAGAUGUCAUGGCAAAAGAAGAAAAUGAAUUGAUUAUUGAAGAAAAAGAAACCAAAACGGAUGAUGCGAGCGGCGUUUCUGAUUCAAGUGAAACAGAAGUGGAAAGCAAAAAGUCCAGCUCUGAGGCAACAGAUGAAGACAGUGAAACUGAUGCUAAUGAAGAGGAUGAGACGGAGAAUGAAACUAGUAGUGACAACACUGACACUGAAGAUGAGAAUCCAGAAUCUAAGAAAGAACGAGAUAGCAAUGCCAGACCUGAUUCUGAGCAUCUCGAAUCUUCAUCGGAUAGUGGAACAAAUGCUGACAAUGAAUCCGACGAUGAAAAUAACGGAUCAAACGAAAUUGAUUAUGACGAUGAGGAAGCGCUAAAUACUGAAAAUGAUUCAAGCGAAGAUGAGAGCACAAACUCAGGAGAAAUGAUGGAAAACGCACACAUCGCCCAGGAAAUAAAAAUGGAACUUGCUUUCGAAGGCCGUAAAGAAUUUGAAAACGAAUCUGAUGAAUCGUCUUCUGAAUCCGAAGAAAGUGAACCUGACCUUGAAGAGGGGGAGCAGGAAAAUAUCGAACAUGAAGAAUCUGAUCCCAAAGGAGUUGAAUUUGAAGGUGAAGAAUUUCAACAAGGAGAAUUUGAAUCAGAAGAUGUGGUUCCUGACCUGGAAAAGAGUGAUUCUGAGGCAGGUGAGAUUGAGCUUGAGUUUGAACUUGAGGAAGAAGAAUCGGAAAUUGCAGAAGACGAAAAAGAUGAACCCGAAGAAAGCGACAAUGAGCCCGAGGUGGAAGAAGAAAUUGAAGAACGGGUCAAUAGAUUUGAAGAAAGUAGCUAUGAACCUGAAGAAGAUCAUUCUCAAUCUCGAAUGGAUGAAACGGGGGCGGUCAAGGACGACUUUGAAGGUAGGCAAAUUGUUGAACAACAUCUUGGCGAAAAUCAUUUCUCUGACGACGAUGAAAAGAAUGGAGAAGAUUCCUGGAGUGAUUCUAAGGAAGAGUCGAAUACUAGUGUUAACGAGGGUGCAAAAAAUACCAUCGUGCAAUUGUCAGCCAGUUUUCAACAGAAUUCAUAUGAUGAUUUAAUUCAGGAGGCUUCCCAAGAUAAUCUAUUUGAAAUUCAAGAAGAAUCCAUUGACGAAUCAAGUGAGGAUCAACAAGAAGAAGAAGAAUUGGGAUCAACAAUCACGUCCGAUGAAUAUGAAUCCCUGGAUUUCGCCAUAAGCGAUAAUUUUGAUAACCAUGAUCAUAAAUCAAAGCUUGAUGAGACAUAUUUCAUCGAUGAAACGGAAUUAGAAAUCAUCCCUGAAGCAUUGGAACCGCCAAACGAAACUAGAGACCAGACUGGAGCAAGCUUGGAUUCAAAAAUUGCCCCGUUAAUUUCAGAUGUAGGAAACGUAGAAUCUUCCGAUCAACUUCCUGAUAAAGCUAUUCAGAAGGUCCCUGAAGGGAAGCCAAUCAACCAAAUGCAUUCAAUUGACGAGAGAAAAAGCCCAGCAUUGGAGCUUCAGGAUGAUCUUAAUCUAGAAGAAGAAAAUGAUAAUGUUCCCAUUGAGCCAAAAAUCCAAGGGCCCAAGGUCAGGCCGAAACAUUCAGAAUUCCAUAAUGAUAAAAGUAAAAAAAACACCAAUAAGGGAUUCAAGAACUUUCCGUGGCCCUCCGAAAUUGAUGGAAAGAUUGAAGUGGUUGUGCCAAUCAUCCAAAGGAAGCAUGAUAUGAAACCUGAAGCACGAUCUCUUGAGAAAAGAAAGAAAAUCCAAAAACCAAAUGUCACCCAAAAUAUGCGAGAGGAACAUUUUGAAGAGGUAAUUAGAUCACACAAUGACAAUAUUGCUUUUGUAGCGGAUCAAGAUCCAUCAAUAACUAAAUCGACAAUGACAGAGGAUGCUGAAGAACUGGCCUUGUUCGAGGCAUUGGAAACAGAAAUCCAAGAGGGUGUUGAAAGUGGAAGCAUUCUAAUUGAAGCAAUACCCGAGAAACAAGAAGCAAAGGAAAGCGGCUUUAUUGUUGAAUCAGAUGGCGGAACGCCUUCCUUUGAUUAUGAAAAGCAAAAAUCUCAUAAAAACGAGGACACGCCCAGAGAAACACCACAAGAACUUUCUGCUGAAGUUUCAGCAAAGGGACAUGCGAAAAAGAAACCAGUCGACCCAGCUAAAGGGAGAGACCGUAUCAGAGUGAAGUUGGCAGCGUCUACAAAGCGCACCUCAACAUUCCCCACAGCUUCAACAAAAAUUACUAAACCAAUCCAGACACCUGUCUUGAAAAAGCCACGUCCACUAUACCCCCGAUCUGCAGGUAUUGCGCCACAUGUAGUAACAACAAUUUCAGUUGAAGGAGCUUUUUCUGCACCCAGCCAAAGUUCCAUGAUAACGAAACCUUGCUCGACAAAAUUUUCAAUAAUGGGAGCUGUAACUACGGUUAAAGAGUCAUCAACGGUAGAGCCGUCUUCUCCACAAGCUGAGGCUUUUGGAGUUGUUGGAACACUUUUGACUGUUAGGCAACCGUCAAAUGAGCCACACUCUUCAAUUGCUGUAUCAUUGCCAGCUGUCACACAAUGCCGUAAUGAACAGGAAAAUGGAACACUUGGACCGCAUGCAGAGGCGAAGCAAUCGACUACUUUUGUAUCUGCCCCCCUAGAACCACAAACCAUUGUGGUAAAAGACCCACCUUCAGCGCCGUCACCAGCUGCACCAGCCCCGUCGGGGGUAAUAAUGCCGCAAUUUGAAGUAUCGUCGUCAGCUUUAGCAUCCCUGCCGGUUAUAGAACCAAACCCAAUUGCACCACCUCCACCAAGCGAAGCUACGGCUACGGCACAGGCAUCAAUUGUAACGCCCCCACAAGCCAAAGCUUUUGUCGCAUCAGCAGGGGUAAAACCGACGCCAUUUGUGGCACUCACGUCAGUUGCAACAUCACCUAAAAGCAUAGCUCCACCAUCGGCAAUGGCAAAGAUGUCAGUUGCAACGCCGCCACAAGUCAAAGCUGUUGUAGCACCGACACAAGUGGUAGCAUCGACGCCAGUGGUGACACCAACACCAGCGGUUACACCGACACCAGUGGCAGUACCAACGCCAGUUGCGACACUUACGUCAAUUACAACACCAUCUCCAAGAGUAGCUCUACCACCAGUGGUAUCCCCAAUGCCAGUUGCAACUCCAGUGCCAGAUGCAGCAUCGACGCCAGAUAUAGCAACGACGUCAGAUGUAACACUGACGCCAGAUGUAGCACCAAUGGCAGAUAUAGCACUGAUGGCAGAUGUAGCACCGUUGGCAGAUGUAGCACCGAUGGCAGAUGCAGCACCGAUAGCAGAUGCAGCACCGAUGGCAACUUUAGCAACGACCCCAGAUCUGGCACCUGUGCCAAUUGUUGAAUCGCCGCCGAUUGUGAUACCAGCACCAGUAGAAGAGUUGGGGCCAUCUGUGUUACCAACACCAUUUGUAGCACCAAUACCACCUGUAGCACCACCGUUGCCAAUUUCGAAAAAGCCUUCAGUUGAUGUACCUUUAGAAGUAACAACAGCAUUGCAACUUUUUGCUCCAUCAUCAUUGCUUACAACACCAUCGCUAGUUGUGGCACCAUCUCAAACAAUAGCACCUCCACCAGUUGUAUCACUCCCGUCAGGUGGUGCUCUACCCCUCUUAGAUUUGGCUACCAGGCCAGUUCCAACGUCAGCACCUACUUAUGCGACACCAUUACCCCAGGCUAUCGUUCCUGUUCCAACCACUGUAGAACAAUUGUUAACGAUGCCUUCACCUUCUUUUGUUGUCGUUCCAUCAUCAAUUGAGGAACCAAAGUCUAAAGUGCUAUCAUCACAAAUUGCCUCAACCACGUCCCUACCAGAACCAAUCUUCGCUAGAAGUACCAUCGUACCUCAAGGAUUAUUGGGACGUUCAUUGGCCGGAAAAUCUUUGAAUUCUAAGAAAGAUGACAAAACCGAAAACAAAAAUAAAGAAACAGACGCAACAUCAGAGACUACCUUGCAGUUCAAACACGCAAUCGUUUCUCAAGAAUCUUUAGGAUCAUCGUCAGAGCAAAUGAAUGCUUUCAAAUCAACAGAAGAUGUGUGCAACGACUCUGAUAAUAUCAACACUGAUAUAGAUCAAGGUGUUUUGUCAAAUGAGAAUGCAUUUCAGUCUUCAAAAGACGAGUGCCCCGACCAAUUGAAUGAAAAAUGCGAAAUAGUUCAGGACAAUCAAAAUUUUAAUACACUUGACUGGCAAGCUAUUGAUUUUGAAGUAAAAGAAAAAUACAUUCCUACUGAAAUUAAAAAUGAAACUGAUUUAUAUGCCUUGGACACCAAGGAAAACGAUUCCUCAAACAAGCAACCCUUGGAAGAUGAGGCCAUUGCGAGUUCAACAAAAUCCGAAACAUCCAUGGACCAAACUGAGCGAUCUACUUCGAACUUAUCAAAUCCAUCCAUUGAGGAAUCCACAGCAAUCAAGGACUGUCAUUCAAAUGAAAUGGCGACCAACACCAACGAGCCCGAAAAACCUAGGAAUGAAGAUGCCCUUCAAAAAAUCUUGAGUCUUAUAGAGAAGAUGUCUCAGACUGCCGGAACAGAUUCUGCAGCAACCACUGAGGUAACACGGAUCGCGGAGACUCCUCAAGACAAGUACAAGAGUUGUCCUGAUCUAUCUAAGGAACAAUCCUUUGAAGAAAGUAAGGAAGGGUCACUUUUCAAAUCAAGUGAGACCAGUUACAGUUUGGCCGCAAUAUCACCAGACCAUCGAAAAGACGAUUCAAUCAACUCGGAGGAAAAUCGAAGACUCGGUCAAGAAGUGGAAUUUGCUCUUCAAAGCAUUCUCGAAAUGAAAACAGCUAUGACCAAGAUGAUGGAAAUGUUGGCAGAGAGACAGGAUAAGGAAGUCCCAAGCGACGUUCAUGACCUCUCCGAUCCUCCUGAUGCGACUCUUGAGUCAGAUUAUGAUCCUGACGAGCAAUCACGCUUGGUGGAGGAGAUCGAGUUUAAUCCUAAAAUUGACAUUGAAUCAGACAUCUCCAGGAUCAGGAACAAGGUUCAAACAGAUUCUGAUAGUGGUGUUAGUGAGGAUCCUCUUCUUCCAGUGACAGAACAUAGAAGAGUUUUUGAGCUGGAAGCCAUGAGAGCUUUGUUUGACGAGAAAUAUCCACCAAAGAAGAUUACACCCGGAGCGUUCAAGCGAAAGGUAAGUCUGGAAGGCCCUGUCCCACUGACCUUUGCAUCUUUACAACCCGAAGAAAAGCGGUCUUCAUUUGAAAAAGUCCAAGAUAGUUGUUCCGACAAGCAACCCGACGAAGUUGAUGAGGAAGUUGAUCUUGAAGGGUGUCGAAAUGGCCCACACAAACAAGAAAUUCCCUCUGUACAGGCAGGGAAAGAGUCUCAACCCAAAGAUGAAGUCCCAGUUCUUAAAGAAAUUACACAAGCAGAUACUGACGAAAUCAUGACGGAGGAUAACAAUGUUGUGGACGAGUUUCCAAUCAACCGAGAGAAAGAUUUGCGCAAGCCUAAAAGUGAAAAAGAAACAAGCGACCAAGAAAUCCUCAAGAAUGAUGAUAUUAAUCCAAAUCAAAGACCAAGACUAGAUGAACAAGAAGAAGAUACAGUUGUUUCAAGCCACUCAUCACAAGAUUGCGACCUUGAAGAGAUACCUUCACCAAGCAAAACCCAAAAUAAAGCAGAAAACGAGGACACUUACGAUGAAGAACAAGAUAAACCAUCAAGCAAAGGUCAAAUCCAUAUACAGACUCAAUUUCAAGAUUACGACAUCAAUUGCAGCUUGUGUAAACCAAAGGCUGAUUCCAAGGAUAAUGACAAACUAACAGAAUUGAUGCCAUACGAAGGGAUGCUUUAUGAGGGGCAAGGUCCAAAGAUCAAAACUCAAGCUGAUUUGCUGGAUGAUCAAAAUUCGGAUCUUGAAGGCUAUAAAGGUUGUCUGAUUGAUUCGGAACGCAAAUCCUCGGAUAUUUUGUCUCAUCAAGACGAUAUCAAAUUGGCGAAUUCGGAGUCUGCAAUCACUCGAGAACAAUGCCAAAAUAUCGAGACUCAAGUGGACACUUCAAACGCCGUUGAUGUCAAAAGCCCUGCCGAAAUAAUUUCUUCAGUCAACUCUAAACCAGAUAUGGAAGAGGAUAAGAAAAUUGAGAGCCCGCCAGAAUGUUUUCAAGGUGCCGAAACUCAAGUUAAGCCCUUUAAACAUUUAUCAGAUAGUUCCAAAAGUUUGAAAUUUCUCCAGGAUCUUGCUAACGAAACUUGUCCCACUAACUCUGAGCUGGAUUUGAAAGCCAAACCGGAGAAAGAGCCUGCAUUUAAAUAUAGCCAAGAGAUAGAUUUUCAAGAUGACCCCAUUCGUGAUCUACCAGACCAUGAUAAUUUUAAUAGCUUCGACAUUGCUAAAGAUCCGAAUUUCUGCUCUAAUCAAAAUCAAAAGAAAGACUUGGGAGAAGGGACCACUUUUGAUCAAGAUAAAUUGACUCUUCAUCAUACUCCCCACGACUCAUCAGGCCAAAAUGUUCCCCAAAACAACUAUUUACAAACAACAAGGAGUGAUCAAGAUCCAACGAAUUCAAUGGACAUUGAAACGAGUAUGGAAGAGACCAACUCAAUUGAUGUAAAACCGGAUGAAGAAUCUUCAAAACUUUGUCGAGAAAUGGAAACCCAAACGGACAUUUAUGUCAAUGAACCAGACUUACAAAACGCUCUGGAUUCCAGGGAUUGGGAACUGGAUCCUAACAGAGCAACCAAUCCUAAGCCGCCAAGAGAGGAUUCCGAGGAGUUCAAGGAUUCUCAAAUCAUUGACGAUUUCUCAGAGGAUGGGAGCAGUAGUGUGUUCUCAUUCAAGAAAAGGCGAAGCAAGUCUGAGUCCAAUCUCAAAUCGAAGGUGUUGAACUUUUCCGUUUCGACCGAGAACUUGAAUUCAGAUGUGUUAACAAUCUCAUUCGUUGGAGAUUGUGUCAAUAUCAGUUCCUCAUCCAAGUUGCUAGCCAAAAGUAACAUUGACAUUUCCUCUACAAAACAGGGAACAACUCUUAGUUUGAGACCAUUCCUUCCGGAGGCAUCGUGUCACAAGAUUGACAAUUCUGAACCGAUAUUGACGAAUAUGAACGCCAGCGAUCCUCAAGAAACUAAUGAUUUGGUUGAGCCGGACAUGCCAAUGUUAUUUGACUCUUCAACGACAUUGGGUGCGUCCAUGUCAUCGGUGAGCACCACGUCUACAGGAGAAGUCUCUCAAGAACUUGAGCCUUUAAAAAGACAAGAAGUCGGUGAUUCCGGCUACAUGUCUUCAGAUGCCAAGCCUCUUGUUCCCGAGGACAACUACUUCUUUGAAGAAAGCUCAUCAAUUGACACGGUUAUUGACAGAUUGGAUAAGCACGAACUCAUCAACGAGAAAUAUGAGCCUGAUCUUCCGGUGAACAAACUUUAUAACAUUGAUAUCGAUGAUGCAACAUCGGGAGAAGAUGGAGAUGUUACUCCCACAGACAGCGAUCGCCAAGAGAAUGAGGAAGAAGAUUCUGGAAUCGGAUCCAAGUUUCCUACCAUGAUUCAAGCCACUUCCGGCUCACACGAAAACAUUGUCGAUGAGGUCAUGGAUGACCAUGUCCCAAAUGAAGAGGACGAUCAAAGCUUGGAAGAGUUCAUUGACGCCGAGUUCGAAGCUGAACUCGAGUGUUCAGGAUUGAGAUCCAUAAGCAAUGAAACCUUGAAUUCGGCCUUUAUCGAGGAGGGCACACAUGGGAAGCUUGGGACAUCCAGGGGCUAUCGUGGCAUAAUUGAGAAGUCUUCGUUGUCCCAAUCGAGAAUCCAACCGAAGACAAAGAAGCUCCUCCGAUUUUCCCAGCAGGUGGAUGGCAUAGUGGAAAUCCAGAGGUCAAUCACCACGAAGCUUUGCAAGAUCUUAUUCAUUGGGAGUUCAUCCACCGGAAAGACGUCUCUUAUCCGACGAUAUGUCAAGAACACCUUUGCACCUUCAUACAGGGCCACUAUUGGAGCGGAUUUCUUGGCCAAAGUAGUUCAUUGGGAUUCUAAUCUCUCGCUGAGACUUCAAUUGUGGGAUAUUGCAGGACAAGACAGAUUUUCUCUUCUCUCUCGUUCUUUUUACAAAGAUGCAGAAGGCGCCUUUAUCGUGAGCGACCUCUCAAGACCAGAGACAUUGGAAGCUGUCAUAAGAUGGAAGGAAGAGUUGGAUACGAAAGUCCAACGCCAAGAUGGUCAAGCACUGCCUUGCUUUCUCAUUGCCAACAAAUGUGAUCUACUCAGUGACACCAGUGUUCAAAGUAAGCAACACAGCAAGAUUUGCCAACAAUAUGGGUUCAAUGGAUGGAUGCAGACCUCGGCCAAGGAGGACAUUAAUGUCAACGAGGCCAUCAAUAUGCUUCUCAGACAGAUUGCUGAAAACGAGGCUAGCAUCAACCACGACGAAGGCGAAGGCCCAAAUCAGACUUUGGAUGAGGAUAGCAUCAUUUUGGAACCAGACAAGAAAAAGAAAAAAGGAUGCUUUUGUUAAAAUACAAAUAAUAUAUGUACAAUACACCAUACUCACCGCACUCACUCAUCUUCCAUGUAAAUAAACACAACACGACACCAACGUUCCAUUUUCUUCAUUUCAUUUGUUA